AUAACAUGAAGAAAAACUCCACCAGUGCAUGAUCGUUGACUAUUUUGUUUUAACAAUGACGAUGCGGGAGUAUUGCGACGUUUGGCGAGGUUUAGUUUGGAGCGCUUUUUUUCAUGCUGUAUUUCUACUUAUUAUUCCAGGUAUGUCCAAAGCUAGGUUAUUCAUUUUAUAAUUGUGGAAUUAAUUUGCUACGAGAAGUGUAACUUUUACUCUUGCGAGCCCUAGUCCCGUUGUCCGGCAUUAAGGCUACAUACUUUUUUUUUUUUUUUUUUUCAUGCUUUAUUUCUACUGAUUAUUCCAGGUGUGUCCAAAGCUGUUAUUCAGUUUAAAUUAAUUUGCCACAGGCAGUCCAACUUUUACUCUUGCGAGCCCUAGUCCCGUUGUCCGGCAUUAAGGCUACAUGCUUUUUUGUUUUUUUUCAUGCUUUAUUUCUACUGAUUAUUCCAGGUGUGUCCAAAGCUGUUAUUCAGUUUAAAUUAAUUUGUCUCAGGCAGUGUAACUUUUACUCUUGCGAGCCCUAGUCACGUUGUCCGGCAUUAAGGCUACAUGUUUUUUUUUUUUGUUUUUUUUUUUGUUUGUUUGUUUGUUGUUUUUUUUUUCAUGCUUUAUUGCUACUGAUUAUUCCAGGUAUGUCCAAAGCUGUAUUAUUCAGUUUAAAUUAUCAAAUUAAUUUGCCACAGGCAGUUUAACUUUUACUCUUGCGAGCCUUAGUCCCCUUAGUCCGGCAUUGAGGCUACAUGCUUUUUUUUAAGCUGUGUGUAACUUACAUAAUUAUCGAUUCUCUCCAGUCCUUUGUUUAAUGGAGGAAAGUCAAAGUAUGCUCUUGUUGUUGCUGUUAUUGUUCUUUUAUAUUCUGUAGGUGUAGGAGCUCUAAAGUUCCUCCAGGAUCCUCCACAACUCCAGGCAUCUCAUGUCGGCUGGAGCGUUGACUACAAUUGCACAACAGAUGACCCAAAUGCCACAGUGUCACUUCUACAGUCUAAUGAUUUUGGGUUUUCUUAUAAUGUGAUUUCAGUCACACCAAACAAACUUCUUUUGAGGAAACAAGUGUUUACCAUAGUAAAUCUUAUUCUUUCGGAUGGAGCAUACUAUAAAUGCAAGGCCACGGACCAGUCAGGUCAAACUAUUGAAUGGAACAGUGGUUCAAUGUUAUAUAUACAAGCAGGUCUGUAUGUAAGAAUAUUUUGA